UUGGGGGCCCGCUGGAUGUGGGUAUCCUACUUGGGGACCCUCUGGGUGCAGACGUCCUGCUUGGGGUUUGAGGUACUGCUGAUGGGGGGGGUGUUUAUGUGGAGUACCCAAGCAGGUUUGUUGGCUUGGCAGGUCUCAGCGUGCCCCAGGAAGGAGGGGGGCACUGAGGCUUUAUGUGUGUGAGGCAAGGUCCAACGUGAUCCUAGAAUGCCCUGCAGCAACUGCUGUCCUGUAAGCCUGAGAGCUCCUCAACAAUAUCUGAGCAUGCUGAUCUGGCGGGGCUAUCUGGCCCACUGGACACACUCAGAUGUAUGUUAUGGGGAGUUUGGACACAUCAGUUCGCUAACUGCAUGUCUGUAGACUUCAGCAGGAAGCUGGAGUACCUAGCAGAAAGCAGCAUGAUGUGGAGAGAAUGUGCAAAUUCCACACAGGGAGCACAGGUGGGAUCCUGAACCUCCAAACUAGCAGCAUGAAGUAUCUGUGCCACCCCCUCUGCCACCCCCUGUGCCACCCCCUGUGCCACUCCCUGUGCCACCAUACCAUCCUCAGUGAAUAUAUGUCAGCUAUAUAUAUCUUACAUUGCCCUAACAAACACACUGAACUACACUGCAUUGUGUCACAUUAUAUUAGCUGGUGCUUCUUUAGGCUAAGUGAUGUCACAUCGUACUUUCAACACUUGCCCCUUCAGUGUUCUAUUCUAUGAAAAGAGCUGCCUGGUAUUGUGAAGUCUUUAGAAGAGCAUCCAAUCAACAGCUGUGUUAUGUUGCUAUUUAGCAAUGAAUGAAGAUGGGUGUGGAUUGUGUGAAUCUAUAUGAGUUUGCAGGGCAACACCGCGAGUGUGUGCAUUCAGCAUGACACCAGCUCCGGUCUGUUCACGUAAAUGUCUAAGAUUAAACGCACUUCAGGUGCGCUGUCUCAGCCGAGCUCUCUGAUACUGCCCAGUUGCUUCUGUUCACUCUUUUUCUCUGUAUUGCGUCUCAUUUUCCAAAUUUGUGGUGUACUGUGACGAUGCUCUGUGCAGACACGUUGGUAUGUCUAACCUCAGGGGCUCAUUCUGUUAACAGUGGGUUCUUUUCCAUGCAUGCACUCUCUCCUCUCCUGGGUAUAUCUUCUCAGGGUUUAUCUUAAAACACCUCUUUUCAGUUUUUUACGGGAUGGAAAACUGGUUUCCAAGGAAAUGCCCGUUGAGUUGAUUAAGCAGAAAAAGCCCCUGCUCUUUGAACGCGGGACAGAUGUCAUCAGUAUUUACUCUUUGUCUUCCUUGUUCCUUGUACCAGCUAAUUCAAGACCUGGAUUCCAGUGGCGACAUCACUUCUGGCAGUUAGUGAUUGGUUCAGGCUGAGGAGUCACAUGAAACGGGCCAGUGAUUUACAGCGAAAGAUGGCGCCACCUGCUGUAUAAUCCACAUACUUCUCCCAGCACCUGGCCUAACUGAAGACUCCAACUCCCAGCGAACUGGUGGAGCAGCUCUGAAGUCAGUGUGUAGGCAGUUGAUUUGAUGACUUUGGGAAAGUGACUUGCUUUAGAAAUUUCAGUGUUUUCCCUGAGAAUUCCAGGGCAGCCAUCUUGGUAAGCGCCUGUGGCACUAAGGGAACUGACUUGCAUAUUCUGGGGAGGAAACAUUAGCCCUGCAACCGGGAAUAAGGCACUAGUGACAUGAAUGAGUAUGUUUGGCAUCUGGAUUUGCCCCCUCCUGGGAGAUCCAACCCCCACAUAUUCCCAUCACGGUUCAUACUGUACAUGUACUAUAUGGACAAAAGUAUUGGGACACUUGGCCAUUACACCCACAGGAACUUUUAAAUCCAUAGGCAUCAAUAUGGAGCUGGUCUCAGCUUUGCAGCUAUAAUGGCUGCCACUCUUCAGGGAAGACUUUACACAAGAUUAUUCAGUGUAUCUGUGGGAAUUUGUGCCCAUUCAUCUAGAAAAGCAUUUGUGAGGUCAGGCACUGAUGUUGGACAUGAAGGCCUGGCUCUCAAUCUACAUUCUAGUUCAUCCCAAAAGUGUCCGAUGGGGUUGAGGUCAGGACUCUGUGUGGGCCAGUCAGGUUCUUUCACACCAAACUCACCCAACCAUGUCUUUAUGGACCUUGCUUUGUGCACUGGGGCACAGUCAUGCUGGAACAGACAAGGGUCUUUCCCAAACUAUUCCCACAAAGUUGCUGUCCAAAUUGUCUCUGUAUGCUGAAGCAUUAAGAGUUCCCUUCACUGGAACUAAGGGGCCUAGCCCACCCCCUGAAAAAGAAUCCCACACCAUUAUCCCCCCUCCCCAUUAUCCCUCCUUCUGGCUCAACCUUAGCAGCCCAUUCCAUGAAGCUCCUGGUGCGCAGUUUUUCUGCUAGGGUUAAUGCCAGAGGAAGUUUGGAACUCCACAGUUAAGGCAACAGAGCUUUGGCGACUUUUCCGCACUAUGCUCCAACAGAGCUUUGGCGACUUUUCCGGACUAUGCUCCAACAGAGCUUUGGUGACUUUUCCGCACUAUGCUCCAGUAGAGCAUUUGGCGACUUUUCCGCACUAUGCUCCAACAGAGCUUUGGCGACUUUUCCGCACUAUGAUCCAGCAGAGCUUUGGCGACUUUUCCCACACUAUGCUCCAGCAGAGCUUUGGCGAUUUUUCCGCACUAUGCUCCAGCAGAGCAUUUGGCAACCUCACUCUGUUACUUUAUGUAGUCUGCCACCUCUUGGCCAGUUUCUUUUGUUCCUAAAUGCUUCCACUUUGCAGUGAUCCUGCUUACAGUUCCUAACAGGGAAAAAAUUACCUGACUUAUUGCAAAGGUGGCAUACCAUGACAAUACCAUGCUUGAAUUCACUGAGCUCUUUAGAACAACUGAUUCUUUCACAAAUGUUUGUAAACCUAAUUGCAUGGGUAGGUGCUUGAUUUUAUACAACUGUGACAAUGAGUCUGAAUGAAACACCAUAAUGACCUUAAUGAUGAGAGGUGUGCCCCAAUGCUUUUGAUAGUGUAUAUUAUGGGAAACAGCUCAUGAACAGAAAGGUCAUCACCUCAGCCUCAAAGAUCACUUAUCAUUUUUGGUAAAUGCCUAUUCUGUUGCUGUAUACUCUUGAAUACAUCGGUCAGCUUUUGGCACUUUGGAAUUUGCCUGCCCAGGCCUCCCUCCUGGUCCCCCCUUCUGGAUCCAUGUGCCCCCAUCCUGGCUCGAGCACCCCCUGGCCCCGAGUGCCCCCCACCACCCAGGCCCUGUGUGGCUUCCCUGACACAUGUCUUUGCACUCUAGGGAAGAUGGCAAAUAAGUGAGUCUUUAUACCCCAUUCCUACUCCUGCAAGGUGAGAAGCCCAUACUUGAGUGAGGAUCUCUUAUCGCGGUGGUAGACUAGCUUUUCAGUCCUCAGUUAUCUUUUUUCCUUUUUCCUGUUGCAUUCUGGGGAAAUCAUUGCGGUCGUGUCACCUUUGUGUUUGGAUGCCAUUCUGAUUACCAGUGGUAAAUAGCUAUGUGUCACUUUUCUGAGCAUCAAUGCUGAUAAUCAGACACUCUAUGCAAACUAUAGCAUAAACGAUGUCAGAGGAGCAGGGCUGGGGUAAUAAACAGAGGGAAAGUCACCGUGAAGCUUUGGAGAUAUGAUCUGCAGUAAAGGUCUGCCGGUGGGUCAGUGAUGACCUGAGGCCUCCCUGCGUAUUGCCUUUGUUCAAGCGUCUGGGACCAUUUUUCCCUGGCAGAGUUUAUUAGAGGCUGUUCUCAAAUGUGUGUCAGCAAUGGAGGCUUAUUUACAAGCACAUGUUCUAAUACUCAGCCGGUUCAAAAUAAAAAUGCAUUUUUGGUAAGAUAAGGCCACCUGUGACGGUGCCUUUUAACUGCCUUAUAUUGAAUCAUGUUGCUUUUCUGCUGACUCAAACACAAUGUGUAUCUCCUUAUCACAGUGCAGUGCUGUUAAUAUCACUAGCAAGGAAACCAAGAGCACUGAUUCCUACAGAGGGUCUGCACUGGUCUCACUCUCUUGCAGGAACACGCCCCCUCAGACAGGCUGAGUAGCAAAACAUGCUGCGACAUGGCUGAUCUUGGUCAGGGAGACUGAAACAAAUGACUGUCUGCUUAAAUUAAUAUACUUACCGCAUUAUUUAUGACUGCGCUGUCAUUUCCAACCACUUUCUAUUUAUAGGUUAACUUUACUGUAUUUUGAAUUUAUUUAUAAAUUUCAGUUUUCUGUUACUUUUCAUUUCCUUCCCUUAACUUCUCUGUACUAUGCACCGGAACUCGCAGAAUCACAUUUCCUACCUUUACGUUGUACUGUGUGUUGAUGUAUAGGAAUGACAAUAAAAACUUUUUAUUUAUUUAUACAUAAAAAAUUAUAACCUGAUUUUGAUGCCAGGGCAAUACACAAAUGAAGCAUGAAGAAAUUCGAAAGCCUUGGUGCUUGGUCCUGCUUCAAGAAGAAACUGCAGUAAUGAGGACACCAAUGGAUAUUCUGAGAAUAUGUGGACAGGUUUGUACAAAUAUUUUUGGUCAGAAUUGACUACCUUUUGCAUGGAUUCCAGAUAGACUGACCCCUCGUCCGCAUUUUGCCCAAACUGCCCAGAUUUCCAGCCCCUGUCCAAACAUGAAGCUCGCACUGAAUUAUUUAAAACAUGUAAAUUAGCUGGGGGUGGGGUAGGGUUAGGGUUAUAACCUGAGUCUGUGCUUUAGUGGGGGUCCAGUAAAAUGUAUGAGCUGCGUACAAGAGAUUAACUCUUUCUGGUAGCUGCUCAGAUUGCGCUACUGUACAGUUCUGAGAGGGAACGGGCAAGUCUGGCCUUUAUGAUGCCCCAGUGACUGUGAAGAUCCCUGUCCCAAAUUUGCAGUUCAUUUCUUGGGCAUCAAAUGAAUCACAUGCCUUUCUUGAGUGGGCCAUGCAGGAGGAACCAGAGGGAAACCAACAGAGGACGCAGAGCCUGAGGACAUGAUACUGUGCACAAAGCACACAGCCCACCGUUAGACGUGAAGGCACCGUGUUGUUGGAUACUCGAUGAUCCGCUCAGGUCUGACUGAUCUGGCGUGGUUUCACAGCACGACGACAUUCCCACAGGAGGCGUGCAUCCACAGGAGGCGUGCAUUCCAGGGAAGGCAUUUGCAUUGAGCACUGCUGGCUCCAUCCUCAGAGCACUGCUGGCUCCAUCCUCAGAGCACUGCUGGCUCCAUCCUCAGAGCACUGCUGGCUCCAUCCUCAGAGCACUGCUGACUCCAUCCUCAGAGCACUGCUGGCUCCAUCCUCAGAGCACUGCUGGCUCCAUCCUCAGAGCACUGCUGGCUCCAUCCUCAGCUUUUGUGGCCUCACCUUUGACCUCAGCUCUUCAAUCGAGGGGGAUUUGCAUGUUUUCCCUGUGAUGGCGCUGAAGGUCUCUGAAGCUAUGAGCAGCUCAUAAAAAUCCCCAGGCUUGAAGCUCCUUUGCAUCUGCCCACUGAAUGCGCCCAGGCUUUGCAGAGCCGUCGCUGCCUCUGGGCUCAUCACACGAGGAGCGAUUCGGCGAGAACCACGACCACUGUGAGGCCCGAGGACUCCAUGACGAUGGUGAGGACUCACCAAAGACCGUAAUCUGUAGGUUUGCGGAUUUGAGGGGAUGCAGUUAACGUCAGAGUCAGAGACAAAGGGAUAUCGGUGUUUCCGCUGCAGCACUGACAGAGCGACUCUUUCGGCUUUCGGCUUCUGUCUGAAAUAAUCUUUGCGGAAUCAGGAAAGCCAAACUCCAGAUUUCUGAAAUGACGCCUCAUGGCUGCCUGGUCUGAUGGGCCAGUGUGUUUCCGUUCAUGCUCUAAUCAUCAGGGGAACACAGCUGUGGUUGGAAUACAGUGACAUCACUUGAGGUUUCAUCUUUGGCACAUAAAAAGCAGCCGAGAGAAUCGCCCAUCAAGAAUAUUCACCUUUCAGUCACAGCUUAUAUGUGCGUUAUCCCUGCGGGGCGUCAAUAAGACACUGAGCCGCUUGGAGCAGAACAUGCACUGGGAAAAAUCGGCGUCGGCUGAACGGACGAGUUCCAAGCCCUACCAAGGGGUGAGGGUAAAAGAUCCCGUCAAAGAGCUUCUGAGGAGGAAAAGAGGAAAUGACCUGAACAGCGCCAAGUCUGCACCUGGGACAGCGGUGGUUGUGCCAAACACGAUACUGUCAUCAUAUCCCCAAAUCGCACUGGAGGAGGGGACAGCGUGCUCAGGGUGGAUCGCACAGCCUGCCCCCACGACACUGCAGUCCGUGGCCCCCUGGCCAUGCACGGAGUACCUGCCCACUGAGCACGGUGGAUCGGCCUAUGCCAGUGAUAUGUACCCCAUGUGCCCCAGCUACACUGUUGUGGGGCCGCCCUCGGUGUUGACAUACGCAACGCACACGCCUCUGUUCACCAACUUCGCUAGCAGACCCUCCCCAUCCUCGGCUUUGCCUCAGCUGGAUCUCCCUGACUCCUCAGUGACCUACCUACCAUGGGCUCAGCCCGUGGCUACCUUCUCUGCGGCGGCCACCCAAUGCCCCCCCUGCACAGCCCCCUUCUCGGCCCCGCCCACCACGGCCGUCACAGCGCCAGAGCCGGAGCUGCAGCGGCGGGAGCAGGCAGGGAACACGGUAGCCAGUCUGCCCCUGGAGAAGCUGCUGGAGGAGGAUGAUGAGAAGGACACGUAUAUGGGUGCUCCUUUGCUCUUUAUCGAGGACGUCUGAAGGUCCCUGGCGAAGUGUGUGUAUGUGUGUGUGUGUGUGUGUGUGUGUGUGUGUGUGUGUGUGUGUGUGUGUGUGUGUGCAAUAAAAAAACUAAAAAUAGCUAAAGUCUUGUAUUUCGUUUGGUUACUUAUGGUUAAGGUUAGGACUGGGUAGGCUUAAGGUUAUGAUUAGGGUUGUCACCAUAGAAAUGAAUGGAGAGUCCCCACAAAGAUACGAGUAUGGGUCUGUGUGUGUGUGUGUGUGUGUGUGGAGGGGGGGGGGGGUUCUGAUAUUUUAUACCAACAAAGUUUGGAAAGUAGUGUGCAGUGUCUGACUCCGUGUCAAACCCACCGUGUCCUUUCAGCUGUAUAUUUGGCAUUUUCACUUUUAUUCUAGUAUUUUCUAAAACUGCUAAUGAUGUGCAACAGGUGUACGCUUAUUGACAAGUGCUCUGACAAAAACGCAUAACUUGAUGGAAAGAAAAAGAAAUUUAAAGGGUCUGAUGUAAAAUCUCUUUAACAGUAUUCAGAUACAAAUAUCUUGCCAAAGUCUCCACUUGUGUGCUUCUAAAGGAUUUUUCUGUUUAACUCAACCUAAAUCUAUGGCACAACAUUACAAUAUUAAUUACAUGCAAUUUAUCAAAGCUUGUACAAAACUCUGACUCAUAAUAUUCAGAUCAUGGUAUUUUAUAAUUUCACCACAAACCAAAGUUAAAAACAGGGUAGUCUUGCAAAAAAACGCCAGUUAAAUGUUUUUCUUCCCGGUUGUUCUGCAACAACAGAUUUCAAAAUAAAUCUGAUACAAUACGA